CUAUAAUUUAAUUUACAUUUUCACUAGGUCGAACAAAUUCUUUUCUGUAGAUAAUUUUUAAAAUGUCGUGGAUAUUUGGUUAUGGUAAGAAUAAGGACCCCGUACCUGAUCUAUCCCAGAUGGGUUUAGGAGCUCCCGCCGGUGCAGGAGGGUCAGGUGGUGGUGACAACUCGGAACCUCCUAAUUUAACUAAAGCAGAAAGAAGGGCCAUGGAAGCCUAUAGGUUUGACUCCACAGCUUUAGAACGAGCUGCUCAGGCUGCAAGAGAACUAGAAAAGUCUAAGCAUGCCAAAGAAGCAUUAGAAUUGUCCAAAUUGCAAGAAUCAACCCGUCAAGUAGAACAACAGGCUAAAAUAAAAGAAUAUGAACUCCAUAUAUCACAAAUGCAAAUUGAAGCUAAGAGAGCUGAAGCAGAAGAAAAAAGGAAACUGUUACAAGAAGAAACAAAACAACAUCAAAAUAGGGCCCAAUAUCAAGAUCAGUUAGCAAGGAAAAGGUAUGAUGAUCAGUUACUUCAACAGCAAAGAAUGAAUGAUGAAAACUUAAGAAGACAAGAAGAAUCUGUUGCUAAACAAGAAGCUAUGAGAAAGGCUACUAUAGAACAUGAAAUGGAACUUAGACACCAGAAUGAAAUGAAGAAAGUAGAAGCUGAGUUAAAAGCCAAAGCAAAGAUAGACAGAGAAAAUAGAGAUAUUACAUUGGAACAAAUCAGGUUAAAAGCUGAACAAAACAGGAUCACUGUUUUGGAAAGUAUAAAGACAGCUGGUUCAGUUCUAGGGACAGGAGCUCAAACCCUUCUAACAGACUGGAAUAAAGUACUUACAGCAGCAGGAGGAUUAUCAUUACUUGCUCUAGGUAUAUAUUCUGCUAAGGGAGCCACUAGUAUCACUGCCAGAUACAUUGAGUCUAGAAUAGGUAAACCAUCUUUAGUAAGAGAAACAUCCAGGUUUUCUCUAUUAGAAUCUCUUAAACACCCAGUAGAAACUAUAAAGAGUUUUAAAACUAAAGGUGAAGAUGCACUUUCUGGUAUAGUUUUAGCUCCAAAAUUAGAAGAAAGAUUAAGAGAUGUAGCAAUAGCAACAAAAAAUACUAAACAAAACAAAGGACUCUACCGAAAUAUUUUGAUGCAUGGGCCACCUGGUACAGGAAAAACUAUGUUUGCUAAGAAACUCGCCAAACACUCAGGAAUGGAUUAUGCCAUAUUAACAGGAGGUGACAUCGCCCCAAUGGGAAGGGAUGGUGUUACGGCUAUUCACAAAGUGUUCGAUUGGGCAAAUAGUACAAGAAAAGGUCUAAUUUUGUUCGUGGACGAAGCAGACGCAUUCCUACGAAAACGAUCAUCAGAAAAUAUCUCAGAAGACCUAAGAGCUACCUUGAACGCGUUUCUCUACCGUACAGGUGAACAAAAUUCCAAAUUCAUGUUGGUGUUAGCCUCGAAUACGCCUGAACAGUUUGAUUGGGCCGUUAAUGAUCGUCUCGAUGAAAUGGUUGAGUUUGACUUACCAGGUUUGGAGGAGAGAGAACGUCUGAUAAGGUUAUAUUUUCAAAAAUUUGUAUUGGAACCAGCUACAGAAGGAAUAAGGAGACUAAAAGUGGAUAAUUUCGACUAUAGUGCAUUGUGUAGCAAAAUGGCAAGAAUGACAGAAGGGAUGUCAGGUAGAGAAAUAGCAAAACUGGGUGUGUCAUGGCAGGCAGCAGCUUAUUCAUCUGAAGAUGGAGUGCUUACUGAAAAAAUGGUAUUGGAUAAAGUUAAGGACCAUGUUAAACAACAUAGGCAAAAGGUGGAAUGGCAAUCCGAACAAGAAAGAAGAGAAUCGAAGAGUAUAUAUCACUCAGAAAAAGAAGAUUCAUAUAUUCCAGUCGGAUUGAAAGUUCUAGAAAACAAUCAAUCUGUAGAUCGGAAACCAAUCAAUUUAUCUGUAGAUCCGAAACCAAUCAAAGUUAAGCUUGAAAGUACAAAACAAAAAGCAUCAAGUGAAAGCAACGACAGUAAAUUAGAUAUUGAUAAAAAUACUAAGCCAGACCGAUAGGUUACUGUAUAAGUAGUUGUUAUAUGGUGCAUUAGGCUAAUACCAAACGAUUGUCUUUCUUGUUUAUUCGUUUGUUGAAUCCUAAAACACCAAAAGCCGAAUGUUUUCUAACUAUAAUUACAUGGAUGUGGCUGACUGCUCAGUUAAGAUACAAAUUAGUCUAAAUCAUUUCAUUGCUUUUUGUAUUAUCCAUAUACAAUAUCGACAUAAAAGUGGGGUUGCUACGUGAAAAAAAAAAAUACAUUUUAGUAGGUUCGUUAAAAAUUUUGUAGUGCUUAAAGUUAAACUACAAAUCAGAACCAUUAAAUAUUUUAUUGUUAACAUAUCACCAUGCAAAUUGUAUUGUGAAAAUUUUACUGAAUUUGUAAUUAAAUUACAAAAAUUACAAUAACUACUAACUUUUUAACUAAAACGGAAUGUUACUGAACUGUUUUGACAUCAUAAUACACAACUAUUUCUUUAAACUUGAAUAAGGAUACACGUGAUAUAGGUAUAGAAAAAUAAAAUCUACAAGGAAAAUUUAAUUCCUGUAGUUGGUUGUAUACCAUGAAUCAUAAAAACUUUUUUUUUAAUCCUUUAUACAAGGUAUAUACCUUUUCGGGUUACAUCAGAGAACUACUAGAUGUAAAAACCCUUUAAAUGAUGUUAACUUUGUUAAUUAGUACAUAUUUGUUGUUAAAUUUAAAUGAUGUAGUUUUAAACAUAUUCAACGACUCAAAGUUUUUAUCGAGGACCCAUAGAGAUACCUUC